CGCGCGCGUCCCGGCCCGGGCCAAGAUGGCGGCGCUCCGGCUCCCCUGCCGGCGGGCGCAGUGAGCGGGGCGGCGGGCCAGGGGGCCAUGGAGGGUGCCUUCGUCAAGCACAGCGUGCGGGUCCUGCAGGAGCUCAACCGGCAGCGGGAGAAGGGCCAGUUUUGUGACGCCACCCUGGCAGUGGGCAGCCUGGUGUUCAAGGCCCACUGGUGCGUCCUUGCCUGCUGCAGCUCCUUCUUCCAGACCGUGUACGACGGUGCGUCCAGCAAAAUCAUCCUCCCGGAGACCUUUCUGGAGGUCUUCACGCUCCUUCUCGACUUCUUCUACACGGGGCACUUGGCAGUCACCUCGGACAACCAGGAGAAGCUUCUGGAGACGGCGAAGGAGCUCUGCAUCCCCGAGGCCAUCCAGCUGUGCCAGGAGUUCAAGUCCGGACCCUCGGAGGGCGCCCAGCCCAACGGCGAACCUCCGCUCGACGCGGAUCCCGGCAUUCCUCCGAAGGCCACCUCGGAUUUGCCAGGGGAGUCAGCCGGCGAUGCUGUGCCCCCAGGCCCCCCACCCCUGGAAAGUCCCUGGAUCCGGGGAGGCCGAGUGGCUCAGGGACAGAGAGAGGGUCCCACCCCCCAUCAGGGAAGGUUGAAAAGAGCGCCCAAAACAAACGCUCUGAGCUGCGCGGGUGAUGCAAAGGCCGCCCCGGAAUGUAAGGAACUCAAAAGGCCCUUGAAAAGAGAAGCUGCCGAGGACGCGGGCGCCAGUAACGAGAAGACACAAGAGGGUCUGGGAUCAAGUGAUCUCCCCUCUGAAGAUUACAGUGGAGGAAGAGGAAAGGAGGACACGGACGAGGAUUACGUUCCUGAUCAGAAGAGCGUCCGGGCAAGAAAGAGAGCGUCCUUGAGCAGAGCAUCCCGCAGCAGCUCCAAAACCUCUGGGAACGGCCACCAUCUCAAGGCUGCAGCCCUUAGGCCCCGCAGAGGCACGGCUGAACCAGUUGAAUGUCCCACCUGCCAUAAGUCCUUUCUGAGCAAAUACUAUCUGAAGGUGCACAACAGGAAGCACACAGGGGAGAAGCCCUUUGAAUGCUCCAAGUGUGGGAAGUGCUACUUUCGGAAGGAAAACUUGCUGGACCACGAGGCCAGAAACUGUGUGAGCCGUUCAGAGCAGGUGCAUACCUGCUCCGUCUGUCAAGAGGCGUUCAAGAGGCGGGGGGAGCUGCGGCUGCACAUGGUGACCCACACGGGAGAGAUGCCAUACAAGUGCUGUUCCUGCAUCCAGCAGUUUAUGCAGAAGAAGGAGCUGCAGAGCCACCUGAUCAAGCUGCACGGCGCCCCCAAGCCGCACGCAUGCUCCUCGUGUUCCAAAUGUUUCCUCUCCCGGACGGAGCUGCACCUGCACGAGGCCUUCAAGCACCGGGGGGAGAAGCUGUUUGUCUGCGAAGAGUGUGGCCACCGGGCCUCCAGCCGCAACGGCCUGCAGAUGCACGUCAAGGCCAAGCACAGGAACGAGCGCCCACAUGUCUGUGAGUUCUGCCAGCAUGCCUUCACCCAGAAAGCCAACCUCAACAUGCACCUUCGGACCCACACCGGCGAGAAGCCGUUCCAGUGUCACCUCUGUGGGAAAACUUUCCGUACGCAAGCCAGCCUGGAUAAGCACAACCGGACCCACACGGGGGAGCGCCCCUUCAGCUGCGAGUUUUGUGCCCAGAGGUUCACUGAGAGGGGCCCGCUGCUAAGACACGUGGCCAGCCGGCACCAGGAAGGGAGGCCGCACUUCUGCCAGAUCUGCGGGAAAACGUUCAAAGCGGUGGAGCAGCUGCGUGUCCACGUCCGCCGGCACAAAGGGGUGCGGAAGUUCGAGUGCACGGAAUGCGGAUACAAAUUUACACGGCAGGCUCACCUGAGACGUCACAUGGAGAUCCACGACCGGGUCAAGAAUUACAACCCCCGUCAGAGGAAGCUCCGCAACCUGGUCAUUGAGGACGAGAAGGCGGUGGUGGUGGCCUUGCAGUCCCCGAACGUCCUGGAGGUGGGCUCUGCAGAAGCCAUUGUGGAGGCCCUGGCACAGAGCUCCCCAAGGACGGAUCUCCCCGGACAGAGACUCUGCUCAAAUGAGAAUUUAGCCCCUGCCGAGGUCACGGAACAGUCCUUCCUUAUCACGAUCCCGGAUGGCUGUGGAAUGUAGCGCGUGGUCUCUGCGGGCCCUUCCCUUAAUAAAGAUUAGCCAACCCU